UGAAGCUGUAAGUGCUGUUUCACGUCACCCUGUUCGCUUCUCACUUCAAUUAUGCGACAAAAAUGUCGUUUUUGGAUACUGCAAGGUUUUCCUUUGGUUAUGUGAUUCUGCGGGUGAUGAGUGGUGUGGAUUUAUUGUGUUUCAGUUCGCGGAGAAGACUGGGGUGAAGUUUGACAUGCUGGAAUUCUGUUAGUUAUGUUUUUGGUUCCCGAAACUAUCCGAUUUGAUAUCCAAACACAUGGUUGUCGUUGCCCCCCCUGGGAAACAUUUGUAUGGGCGCCCAUGGUACAAGGGUAUCGUGGGGGCCUAGGCGUGAGAAGACAUGUCCGUCGCCUCUGACUCAUUCUCUGAGGAGGAGCGCAGCCUAUUCCGUCCAUUCACACGUGAAUCACUUGCAGCUAUCGAGGCCAGAAUUGCAGAAGAACAUGCCAAGCAGAAGGAACUCGAAAAGAAAAGAGCUGAAGGAGAGACCGGUUUCGGACGCAGGAAAAAGAAAAAAGAAAUUCGGUAUGAGGACGAGGACGAAGAUGAAGGCCCCCAACCGGAUGCGACUCUCGAGCAGGGUGUGCCGAUUCCGGUACGACUGCAGGGCAGCUUCCCUCCGGAACUUUCCAGCACACCACUCGAGGACAUCGACCCCUUUUAUCAUAACCAAACGACAUUUGUAGUAAUAAGUAAAGGCAAGGACAUAUUUCGGUUUAGCGCAACAAACGCUCUGUGGAUACUCGACCCCUUCAAUCCAAUACGACGAGUGGCUAUUUACAUCCUUGUACAUUCUUGCUUUUCACUUUUUAUCAUUACCACCAUCCUGGUCAACUGCAUCCUCAUGAUCAUGCCUACAACUCCCACCGUAGAAUCAACCGAAGUUAUAUUCACUGGAAUUUACACGUUCGAGUCAGCUGUGAAGGUGAUGGCGCGAGGUUUUAUACUUCAACCGUUCACCUACCUUAGAGAUGCAUGGAACUGGCUCGACUUCGUAGUCAUAGCUUUAGCUUAUGUAACAAUGGGUGUAGACCUUGGAAAUCUUGCUGCCUUACGAACGUUUAGGGUACUUCGAGCCCUGAAAACCGUUGCCAUAGUACCCGGUUUGAAGACUAUCGUCGGAGCUGUAAUAGAAUCAGUGAAAAAUCUCCGUGAUGUGAUAAUUUUAACGAUGUUUUCCCUUUCUGUUUUCGCACUGAUGGGUUUACAAAUUUACAUGGGGGUCCUCACGCAAAAAUGUAUAAAAAAUUUUCCUAUGGACGGCUCCUGGGGGAAUCUUACCGCCGAGAACUGGGAUCGAUUCAAUGGUAACGAAACUAACUGGUAUGUGGACGAGAAGGGAGAGAUGCCUUUGUGUGGGAAUUCCUCAGGAGCUGGUCAAUGCAAACCAGGUUAUCGCUGUUUGCAAGGUUACGGCGAUAACCCAAACUACGGGUACACAAGCUUCGAUACUUUCGGUUGGGCCUUCCUAUCUGCCUUCAGACUAAUGACUCAGGAUUAUUGGGAGAAUUUAUAUCAGCUGGUUUUGAGAUCAGCAGGGCCAUGGCACAUGUUAUUUUUCAUCGUUAUCAUAUUUUUGGGAUCAUUCUAUUUGGUUAAUUUGAUCUUGGCUAUUGUUGCAAUGUCUUACGACGAACUACAAAAGAAAGCGGAAGAAGAGGAAGCUGCUGAAGAAGAAGCAAUCAGGGAAGCAGAGAAGGCAGCGCAGGCGAAACAAGAUCGAGCAGACGCGAGAGCGGCAGCUGCCGAAGCUCGCGAAACCGAAGCUGCGGCAGCGCUGGCCGCCGACGCUUGCCCCGACAUCGUCAAGUCUCCCUCCGACUUCUCCUGCCACAGCUUCGAGCUGUUCAUCGGCCAGGCCAAAGGCCACGACGACAACAACAAGGAGAAGAUGAGCAUUCGUUCAGACGGACUAGAUUCAGUGAGUGAGCAGCGAAGAAUGCCUUCUAAUCCCACCAAGAUGCGGAAGGUCAGCGCUGCAAGUCUCAGCCUACCUGGAUCCCCUUUCAAUCUUCGGCGUGGAUCGAGGGGUAGCCAUCAGUUCACGUGUAUGCGUAGUAACCGACGCUUAGUAGCGCCACCUGGUGACCGCAAACCCUUGGUCUUGUCGACAUAUCUAGACGCACAAGAACAUCUGCCUUAUGCCGAUGAUUCGACUGCCGUGACACCCAUGAGCGAAGAAAAUGGAGCAAUGGUCCUACCCAUUUACUAUGCCAACCUCGGUUCACGUCAUUCCUCAUACACCUCGCACGCUUCUCGAAUGUCCUACACCUCUCACGGAGAUUUGUUAGGUGGUCUGGGAGGGAAUGGGAAAGUGAUGACGAAGGAGAGCCAACUGAGAUCUCGGUCGAUGAGGAACGGACCCGCAGCUCCGAACAGUAAUUACACAGAGUGCACUACCAGACCACCUCAUCGUGGCGACUAUGAUGGUCCCACCGGUCAAACGUGCGAAGGGAAGUUGAAACAUCUAGACAAUCCGUUUAUCGAUAGUAAUCAAAGACAAACAUUGGUAGACAUGAAAGAUGUUAUGGUUUUGAAUGAUAUCAUCGAGCAAGCAGCAGGCAGGCAAAGUGCUAGCGAUCAUGGCGUUUCCGUUUAUUAUUUCUCAGCCCAAAAUAAUGAUGAUGAGGAGGAACCGACGAUGAAAGAAAGAUUAUUGGUUUUCAUAUUGAGGGUCAUCGAUGUGUUCUGUGUGUGGGACUGUUGUGAGACAUGGUUGGCUUUCCAAAAAUUUGUAGCCCUUAUUGUAUUCGAUCCGUUCGUGGAACUCUUCAUCACCCUAUGCAUCGUGGUCAACACUCUGUUCAUGGCACUGGAUCAUCACAACAUGGAUAAGGAUCUGGACAAAGCAUUGAAGAGUGGAAAUUAUUUUUUCACGGCAACGUUUAUGAUUGAAGCAACUAUGAAGCUGAUAGCGAUGAGCCCAAAAUUUUAUUUUCAAGAGGGAUGGAACAUAUUUGAUUUCAUUAUCGUAGCCUUAUCGUUACUUGAGUUGGGUCUCGAAGGGGUUCAAGGUUUAUCCGUUUUGAGAUCAUUCAGACUGCUAAGAGUGUUCAAAUUGGCCAAGUCUUGGCCAACGUUAAACUUACUUAUUUCUAUAAUGGGUAGAACUAUGGGUGCUUUAGGUAACCUGACAUUUGUGCUGUGCAUUAUUAUAUUCAUAUUUGCCGUUAUGGGUAUGCAGUUAUUUGGCAAAAAUUAUACAGACAACGUUGAUAAAUUUCCAGAUCAUGAACUUCCAAGGUGGAAUUUUACCGACUUCAUGCAUUCAUUUAUGAUAGUAUUCAGAGUGCUGUGUGGAGAAUGGAUUGAGUCUAUGUGGGAUUGUAUGCUUGUUGGUGAUGUUUCAUGUAUUCCAUUUUUCUUAGCUACUGUUGUUAUUGGUAAUCUUGUGGUGCUGAAUCUCUUCUUGGCCCUGCUUUUGAGCAACUUCGGUUCCUCAAGUUUGUCUGCUCCGGCAGCUGACAAUGAUACGAACAAAAUUGCAGAGGCUUUCAACAGAAUAGGGCGUUUUAUCAAAUGGAUCAAGGCUAGUGUCGCUCACAUCGCAAAAUUGAUUAGGUUCAAAUUAACAAAUCAAAUAUCCGACCAGCCGUCAGGUGAGGGACCCUCCAACAGUUGGAACCAAGAUCCGAGAGAUGGAGGCUUAGACUUGACAGGUGAUGAAAUACUAGCAGACGGUAUGAUUUUCAAAGAUAAAAAGAGCCCAAAAGAUAGACUAGAAGUAACGAUAGGUGAUGGUAUGGAGUUCACGAUACACGGCGAUUCAAAAACGAAUCUGAAACGUGGCAAAAACCUCAAUAACAUCAAUAAGAGCAAGACUAUUGGAAACUCUAUUCUAGACCAUGGAGAUUUUCUAGGACAUUUGGACGAUGACGAGAUUAGUAAUAAAUCCUAUGGUAGUCAUAAACACAGGUUCAAAGAUGAAAGUCAUAAAGGUAGUGCCGAUAUUCUGGAUGAACAUGAAGAAAAACGUGAUGCCAGUAAAGAGGAAUUAGGCAUAGACGAAGAAAUGGAGGAAGACGAAUGCGACUGUCAAGGUCCGCUAGACGAAGACCUCAUAAUAGAUGCAGCAACUGAAGACAUUAUAAUAGAUGAAUAUUCCGCGGACUGCUUUCCAGAAAAGUGCUACAAGAAAUUUCCGUUUCUGGCGGGAGAUGACGACUCUCCUUUUUGGCAAGGUUGGGCCAAUCUGAGAUUCAAAACGUUUCGUCUCAUCGAGAACAAGUAUUUCGAAACGGCAGUCAUAACAAUGAUUUUGCUCAGCAGUUUGGCGCUAGCGUUAGAAGAUGUCCAUUUACAAUCGAGGCCGAUACUGCAAGAUAUUUUGUACUACAUGGAUAGGAUAUUUACGGUGAUAUUUUUCUUCGAAAUGUUGAUAAAAUGGUUGGCGUUAGGUUUCCAAAAGUACUUCACUAACGCAUGGUGCUGGCUAGAUUUCAUAAUUGUCAUGGUGUCGCUGAUUAAUUUCGUUGCAUCAUUGUGUGGCGCUGGUGGUAUUCAAGCAUUCAAGACGAUGAGAACGCUGAGAGCUCUGAGGCCUCUGCGUGCCAUGUCUCGUAUGCAAGGCAUGAGGGUUGUAGUAAAUGCCCUGGUACAAGCUAUACCCUCUAUCUUCAAUGUAUUGCUAGUGUGCUUAAUAUUUUGGUUGAUAUUUGCUAUAAUGGGCGUACAGUUAUUUGCGGGCAAAUACUACAAGUGCGUGGAUGGCAACAAGAGCACUCUCAGCUAUGAAAUAAUUCCAGAUUUCAAUGCAUGCAUAGCCGAAAACUAUUCGUGGGACAAUUCUCCGAUGAAUUUCGAUCAUGUUGGUAAAGCAUAUCUUUGCUUGUUCCAAGUUGCAACGUUCAAGGGUUGGAUACAGAUCAUGAAUGAUGCGAUCGACUCCAGAGAAAUGAACAAGCAGCCUAUAAGAGAAACCAACAUCUACAUGUAUCUUUAUUUUGUAUUUUUCAUCAUUUUUGGAUCGUUCUUCACCUUGAAUCUGUUUAUAGGAGUAAUUAUUGACAACUUCAAUGAACAAAAGAAGAAGAUAAGAGGAUCACUGGAGAUGUUCAUGACUGAGGACCAAAAGAAAUACUACAAUGCGAUGAAGAAGAUGGGCUCGAAAAAGCCAAUGAAAGCCAUACCUAGGCCAAGGUGGAGACCUCAAGCGAUAGUAUUCGAGAUCGUGACGAACAAGAAGUUCGACAUGAUCAUCAUGUUAUUCAUCGGUCUGAACAUGCUGACGAUGACGAUGGAUCACUACCAGCAGAAAGAAGCGUUCACGAAAGUUUUGGACUACCUCAAUAUGAUUUUCAUAGUUAUAUUUAGUACAGAGUGCCUCAUGAAAGUUUUCGCUUUGCGUUACCACUAUUUUACGGAACCAUGGAAUCUCUUCGAUUUAGUGGUCGUCAUACUGUCUAUUUUGGGACUGGUGCUCAGUGAUAUAAUCGAAAAAUAUUUCGUGUCGCCCACCUUACUGAGGGUUGUGCGAGUAGCGAAAGUGGGCAGAGUUCUUCGAUUAGUCAAAGGAGCGAAAGGGAUCCGCACCUUGCUUUUCGCACUAGCCAUGUCACUGCCUGCGCUGUUCAACAUCUGUCUGCUACUCUUUCUGGUCAUGUUCAUCUUCGCCAUCUUCGGGAUGUCGUUCUUCAUGCACGUCAAGGACAAGAGUGGCCUUGAUGAUGUCUACAAUUUCAAAACCUUCGGACAGUCCAUGAUUCUUCUAUUUCAGAUGUCCACUUCUGCUGGUUGGGAUGGAGUUCUGGACGGAAUCAUCAACGAGGAAGACUGCAAGCAACCAGACAACGAAAUAGGAGAAACGGGUAACUGCGGGAAUUCGACGAUAGGCAUAGCAUUCCUGCUGAGCUACCUCGUCAUCUCAUUCCUCAUAGUGAUAAACAUGUACAUCGCCGUCAUCCUCGAGAACUACUCUCAGGCGACGGAGGACGUGCAAGAAGGUCUCACCGACGACGACUACGACAUGUACUACGAGAUCUGGCAGCAGUUCGACCCAGACGGCACCCAGUACAUCCGCUACGACCAGCUGUCGGACUUCCUCGACGUGCUCGAGCCGCCCCUGCAAAUCCACAAACCCAACAAAUACAAAAUAGUGUCGAUGGACAUCCCCAUCUGCAAGGGUGACCUCAUGUUUUGUGUGGACAUUCUCGACGCGCUCACGAAGGACUUCUUCGCCCGCAAGGGCAACGCCAUAGAAGAGACCGCCGAGCUGGCCGAGGUCCAGGGGCGGCCCAACGAGGUGGGCUACGAGCCGGUGAGCUCGACGCUCUGGAGGCAGCGCGAAGAGUACUGCGCGCGGCUCAUCCAGAACGCGUGGCGCAAGCACAAAAAGAGCCGCGACGGCGCAGGCGCGGACCAGUCGGACGAAGGGGAGGGGGACGCGGAGAUGGGUGGGAGGCAGACCGCGGUGCUCGUCGAGCGGAACGGGCACAAGGUGGUGAUACACAGCCGAACGCCGAGCGUGAGCUCGAGGACUGCGGACGUAUGAGACCGGCCCCGUCCCUCCCCGCCUACGCCGUAGGCUGGUCGCUGUGCUCGUAAUAUGGUCACGUGACACACGUCAUUUUUCUCUCGGAUAGAUUCGGCUGGACUGCCCGGCCCGCAUAUUCAUAUGAUACAGACACAAAACGACAAUCGGAUUUCCGAGCGAAGCCGAACACGUAAUAAUAAGUUACCGACGUAAUUUUCAGUUUAUGUAUGUGACUUAACGAUUGGUAACGAGCCUGUCGGUGUUUGCUGGUAGUGGGUGAGAUGCAUAAGUGAGGCCGUGCCACAGUGAGCUAAGCGUCGGUCUGCCACAACUAAAGGGCUCGAGUUCAGUCCUCGCGAGAUCAAGUUUAUUUUUUUAAUUCAAGAAAUCUCAAGAAGUUUUCCGCAAAAUAUACUUUAUAGAAAGAAGGUUCACUUGGGCCUUGUUAGGUUAGACUAUUUGAAAAAACAGUUUUGUUCUCUAUAAUAGGAAGAAGGUUCAUUUCGGCCGAGUUAGGUUUUGUGCAGAAAGGAUAUGUUCCUUCCUCAUAUUCGCAGAAGAAAAUAAUAUUAAUGAAUGAAUAACAAAAUGUUGUUUGAUCUGGGCAUAAGUUACCGACGGAAUCCUAAAGUUACGUCUGUAACUUAAAUAAAAUCAUUCGGCUUUCCGAAGCGGUUAGUUGUGUCGGUAACAUAAGAAUAUGCGCCCGGCCCAAGAGGAGCGGAUGAACUGCAAAUCGCGGAUUUUCCGACCCAUCUAGGCAACCUAUAAUUGUCAUGGUAACCGUACAUUCUCAAAGGGGUCCGGUUAUUUUCAAAAGAAAAAACAAAAACUCCUUGUCGGUCAACCACAAACUUAUAUUAAGGUUGUAACUACAGC